CGCAGACAACCCAUUGUUGUUUUAUGCAAAAGAACUGAGACUGGAUAGGACACACAGAGAGACUUAUGCAAAUGACUCUAUCUGCCUGUGUGGGAUACUAAAAAAGGUAAAUGUUCCUCCACUAUCCCACUUAGCUAAAUGCAGAUGAGCACUAGUUGGUUUGUGAAAUUUCUAUCCCAAUACCAGCAUGUUUUUAGAGAAAAAAAAGGACAUAUUCACAUAGUGCUAUCUAAACCAGUGAGUGGAACAAUUCUUCAAUCCAGAUAUUAAGAUGAGCACAGAUGGUGUGGAACACUCAGAGGCUCACCAUGAACAAGCAGACAUUGAACAACGACAAAUCAAAACAGAGGACCUCAACGACUCUCUCCAUGCAGUCUCAUCACACAAAACAUGUCACCCGACACAAGGAUCCCCAAUACCUUGUGUCCAGGUAGGCCAGCUAUCAGUGGAGCUCCCUUCCCUCCACACCAUGCCGCAGCUGGUGCUUAUGUCAGGCACUCACCACCUCUCAUCCCCCUCCUCCUUCCUACUCUCACAGACACAACACACGGGGCAUCAAGCACUUCUGCAGCAGAACCUGCACAACUUUCCCACCCAGAGCCAGUCAGGUCUCCUCCAGCACCAGCCUGGGUUAGCACUAACACCUCAGGCCAUGAGUCGGUCGGGCCUGACGUCGUCGUCCAUGGAAGGACACGUGGACAUGUCCCACCUGCAGGUCCCCAAACUCAUCGGGGCCCCCCAGCAGGACGAUCCCAGCGACCUAGAGGAGCUGGAACAGUUUGCCAAGGCCUUCAAACAGAGACGCAUUAAACUGGGCUUCACCCAGGGUGAUGUAGGCCUGGAUAUGGGGAAAUUGUAUGGGAAUGACUUCAGUCAGACUACCAUCUCCCGCUUCGAGGCACUCAACCUGAGCUUCAAAAAUAUGUGCAAGUUGAAGCCGCUACUGGAGAAGUGGCUGAGCGACGCAGAGAAUUCUCCCUCUGACUCUAUGGCCAACGUUGCCUCUCUACCCCCCCUGAUGGAAGGCUAUGGAAGGAAAAGGAAAAAGAGAACAAGCAUUGAAACCAACAUCAAGUUCACCCUGGAGAAACGCUUUCUUGACAACCCCAAGCCUAACUCGGAGGAGAUCACGCUGAUCUCAGAGCAGCUGUCUAUGGAGAAGGAGGUGGUGCGGGUGUGGUUCUGUAACCGUAGACAGAAGGAAAAGAGGAUCUACUGCCCUGUGUCCACGUCACCCAUGAAAUCACAGAACUUCAAUCCCAGAAUGCCUUCAUGUAACACCCUGUUUCAGGGCUCCGCGUCCAGAUCAUACAGCCCUCUUGCUUCAGGAGGAGUGUCAUCGAGUCCCUCUCCUAAUAGUCCUAGCCAUGGGCCUUCGCUCGGCACACUCUCGUCUGGCUCCACUGCUUUGACCUCCCAGGUCAACCAAUCCUUCAGCUCACCAGGGUCGUGGUAUCGCACAUGGAACCCUAUGCCUUAUCCCCACUGAGAAGUCCUGCCUGUUGUGGAAGAGAACUAAAACUAAUGAUGUCAAUGAAGGGAAACAGAAAUGGAUACAAUCCAUCAGACACACAUAAUGUCAAAUGUCAAAUACAAUACUUGGUCCUGCUUUAAAUUAUGUUCAAAUUAUAAAAGCUUCAUGAUGCCUUCAUAAGCACUACAUAAAUGUGUUGCAAAGUAUCUUUAACCGUAUGUCAUGGUUUAUAAAGGGUUCAUAAAUGUGGCCUAACUAUGUGACAUAAUCACCAAAGUCAACUGCGACAUAACCCACUAUGUCGAAUGUGAUAUAAACAUGUGCUUUAUAAAGAGUGACAUGUUGUGCAUAAGGCUCUAAAGUGAUGUCAUGUUAGUCACAUUACUCCUAACUUCAGACACUUCUGCCCAACACAUCCAACUUGGCCUUCAUAAGUUAGGGUUAGGUUUAAAAUCACAUUUUUGUUCUGUGAAGGGAGUAGUACACAGCGUUGUACGAGAUCUUCAGUUUCUUGGCAAUUUCUCGCAUGGAAUAGCCUUCAUUUCUCAAAACAAGAAUAGACUGAUGAGUUUCAGAAGAAAGAUCUUUGUUUCUGGCCAUUUUGAGCCUGUAAUCGAACCCACAAAUGCUGAUGCUCCAGAUACUCAAAUGUUCUAAAGAAGGCCAGUUUUAUUACUUCUUUAAUCAGAACAAUAGUUUUCAGCUGUGCUAACAUAAUUGCAAAAGGGUUUUCUAAUGAUCAAUUAGUCUUUUAAAAUUAUAAACUUGAAUUAGCUAACACAACGUGCCAUUGGAACACAGGAGUGAUAGUUGCUGAUAAUGGGCCUCUGUACGCCGAUGUAGAUAUUCCAUUUGAUGUUAUUUUAAUGAACCAAAAAUGUUAGAUUUCUUUCAAAAACAAAGACAUUUCUAAAUGACCCCAAACUUUUGAACAGUAGUGUAUGUGCUUACUGCACUACAGAAACUCUGCUCACCAAACAACAGUGCAGGGCAUGCUCACUGAAAUAACGGGCAACUACUGCACUGCAAUUUGGGCGGCAGGUAGCCUAGUGGUUAGAGCGUUGGACUAGUAACCGAAAGGUUGCAAGAUUGAAUCCCCAAGCUGACAAGGUAAAAAUCUGUCGUUCUGUCCCUGAACAAGGCAGUUAACCCACUGUUCCUAGGCCGUCAUUGAAAAUAAGAAUUUGUUCUUAACUGAGUUGCCUAGUUAAAUAAAGGUAAAAUAUAUAUUUUUUUAAUUGUAUUUGACCACCGGAAAAUGCAUGUAGCCUAUACAGUUGUAUAUGUUGGAUUCAGUUGAGCUGCCCAUGUACAAUGUGUUUUGUUUAGUUUUUACUUUACACCCAGCGUCAUAACAAGUUAUGACACGGUCAUAACCAUAUCAUAAUAUGUCAUAACACCUGACAUAACAUGGUCAUAACACUGUCAUGACCCAUAUAUUUACACCUGAUGUGGCAUAUAUUGCGUUAUUUUAUGGCUGGUUAUGACACCUAUUCAAAUGUUUUUCCCUGCCAAGAAGUUUCCUUUCAUUUGAAAGUUUGUCCUUUGUCCUUGUUAUGAAUUCUUUACAGUCAUGUUUUUUCCCCCAUCAUAUUUUAAAUAACUAUUUUAAAAUAAUUUUCUACUAACUUGUAGAAAAUAUACUUUUUGACACGGUCAUAAAGCAUUAUAAGCACCCUGUGUCACUUGGACUAAGAAAAUACACUUUGGACACUGUCAAGAAACAUGACUAUACUGUGUCACUUUACUUAGACUAAGAAAAUACACUUUAUGACACUGCCAAGAAGCAGAAUGACCAUCAUAAUCAUAUAAGCAAGAUAGGCCUAUCACGUACAUGCACUUACGUCAGUCGUCAGUCAAAAAUAGUCUUGUCAUGCUCCUGAAAUCUGUUCCUGUGUUCAUCCCAAUCUUCAGAAACAGAGCAUUGGGGUAGGUGCAUGUUUGACAUCAAUGUGUGCACAGUUACAAUGCUAAUUUAAUAUGGUACAUUUCAGAAAAUGUUAUAUAACAUAAACAAGUAGGCUGUGGUGUAAUGGAAUGUUUUGCCUUGUGUGGUAGUUUUGUGGGUUUUGACACUCUUAUGUAGGUGUCAUAACCAGCCAUAAAAUAACGCAAUAUAUUUCACAACAGGUCUAAAUAUGUGUCAUGACAGUGUUAUGAUCAUAUUAUGACAAGUUAUGUCAGCUGUUAUGACAUGGUUAUGACCAUGACAUAACGUGUUAUGACGCUGGGUGUCAAGUAAAGUGUUACCGUAUUGGGUACAGUGAGGUUAAUUUGGACAUUUCCUUUGUUAUUCAUCAGGGAUUCAGGUGUGACAAUAUUUAUGUGAAGGUGUACAUAUUAAAAGACAGAAAUCUUACAUAA